AUGUCAAACAUCCUCCUCAUCGGCGCAACCCGCGGCCUCGGCGCCUCUCUCGCAACCCACUACGCCUCCCUCCCAACCACAUCCACCGUCUACGCAACAACCCGCAGUUACAAAGCUCCCGACACGCCCAAACAUGAUAAAAUCCGCUGGCUCCUCAACGUCGACAUCUCGGAGCCUGACGUCGGCGAUACUCUCGUCUCUCAAAUCGUGCCCGACAGCCUAAAACUCGACACCGUGAUUGUGAACGCCGGUUAUUUCGGGUUCGAGUCCUUUGAUGAACCCGACUGGCAAAAACAGGUGCGCAUGUACACGACUUCAGCUAUUGGGCCUGUAUUCGUGAUUCAGGCGCUCGUCAAACGAGGCCUCGUUAAGGAAGGAGGAGGAGGGAAAAUUAUAUUAAUUUCGUCGGAGGCAGGUAGUAUUACGCUUCGGCAUGAGUCCGAAGGAGGUGGGAAUUAUGGGCAUCAUGCGAGUAAGGCAGCCCUGAAUAUGGUGGGGAAGUUGUUGUCAUUGGAUCUUAAGGAGAAGGGGAUUGUGGUUGGGCUGGUUCAUCCGGGGUUUAUGAGGACGGAGAUGACCAAAGGGGUUGGUUUUGAUAAAUACUGGGAUGUAGGAGGUGCCGUAACACCCGACGAAGCGGCAAAAUCGCUGGCGGAGUUUGUCGAAAAGGAUUUUGAUAUUGAGAAGACGGGGACGUAUUGGGCUCCCAGGGGACCGAGGGACAUUGGCACCGCAGAGCCUGUACUCGGCAAGAACCUGCCAACCCCUUUGCAACUACCAUGGUAG